CCGUUUUGUGGGUCGCGCUCUCCAGUCGCUCUUAUAAUCUUUGUCCCCCCCACUGGUGGCCCUAACUGACUAAUGGCCUGCUAGUCUAAGAAUGUUCCUGUUGUUGUGUAAAAUGAUGUCUCUUUCCUAACAGGAGGCCUUUCUUAACAGGUGGGCUUGCCCGCCGUUUCCUAGUUUAGAAUAACUUAUAAGACAAUAUCUCUGCAUUUUCUUAGGAUAACAAAGUACUUAAACACAAACCUAAUCCUAUUGCUUUAGAGUCUACCUCUACAAACACAAACCUAAUUCUAUUUCUUCAGAGUCUAUCUCUACACAAUCACUCUACUCUAAUCUAUCUUACCCUAUCUUACAACUAACUCUAUCUACUCAACAUACUUUAUAAUGAAGGUUCCCUUUAUCCUUAGUCUUGCACUUAUUGUUGCUCAGGUCCAGGCAACUUGCUAUGAAUGCAGUUGUUGGAAAAGAAAUGCGCAGAGAAGAACUGUGAUUGAUCACAGUGAUACACGAGCUACCUGUAGGGCAAGAGGUGGACGAAUGGGUCCAGGCUACUGCAUUGUUGACAUUGCUGGUAGCUGGCAUGGUAACGGGUGGCUGAAUUUAUGCAAUUGGAGUGGCGACUGCGAUCAAACAUCUGAGAACCUGUGUAACUAGUGGAACAGUGCAGGAGUUUGCUAUUUCUUCGCUCUAACAGCCUAGUCAGAUCGGGUUAAAAAAGAGCCACCUAGUCCAACAAGGCAGAGAUUACGAGGGGACAUAGCACGGAUAGACAGAUAUCAUUAAUAUACGCC